AUGCUUGAUAUUGACUGCUUUUACUUCAUGAACAGAGCUCUCGAGUCGGACCUCGCCCCAGUCCUUGUGGUGGCGUCGAACCGCGGAAUCACUCGUAUCAGGGGGACCACAUACAAGUCGCCACAUGGCAUUCCACUGGACUUGUUGGAUAGGUUGCUUAUUACUACCAAACCAUUCAACGAGAACGACAUUCGAAAGAUCUUGCAGCUACGCAGCGAAGACGUGGAGAUCAUGGAAAACGGACUAAACCUUCUCACGCGUAUAGAUCUGGAUACCUCUCUGAGAUACGCCAUGUAUCUAAUCACCUCUUCAGGACUCGUUUGGUCGAAAAGAAAGAGGAUAUAG